AUGGCAUCUAAGAAAAGUGCAGCAAAACGUAAGCAUGUUACACUUACAAUCUCAGAAAAGAUUGAAAUCAUAAAUAAACUAGAUAAAGGUUCUUCAGUAAAGUCAUUGUGUGAGGCAUAUGGUGUGGGGGUCUCAACAAUUUAUGACAUCAAGAAGCAGCGUGAAAAGUUAUUUAAAUUUUGUGCUGAAAGUGACACAGUUAAAGGAAUUAAUGAACGCAGAAUGCUGCAUCGUGCUAAAUCUGCUGACCAUGAUAAUGUCCUGUAUAAGUGGUUCAGGCAACGUCGUAGUGAGGGGCUCCCUAUUUCGGGAGCAAUGCUGAUGGAAAAGGCCAAACAAUUUCUUACUGAUAUGAAAAUUAAUUCUGUGUGUGAGUACUCUCAAGGUUGGUUGCAGAAGUUUAAACAUAGGCACGGAAUUCACCUCAAGGCUACUGGUGAACAAACUUCUGCAGAUAAACGGGCUGUUGAAUGUUACAUACUGACUUUGCAAUUAAUGAAGGAUGAGGAUCUUAGCCCUGAGCAAAUAUAUAAUGUGGAUGAGACAGAUGUUUUCUGGAGAUGUCUGCCACGACACAGGCUUGCUGGUGCAGAGGAGAUGAUGGUACAUGAUUACAAAGAAUCAGCAGAAAGAAUUACUGUGCUCGCAUGUGCUAAUGUUGCUGGAACACAUAAGUGUAAACUUUUGGUUGUUGGUAAAUGUCCUAAGCCUCGUGUUUUCAAAGGAAUGAAAAUCAUGCCGGUGCUUUAUGAAGCCAAUAAAUGUUCAAGGGUCACCCAGGAAAUACUGAGUGAUUGGUUCCAUAAUCAUUUUGUUCCAGAGGCUCGUGCACACUGUAGAGAGGUUGGCUUGGCUUCAGAUUGCAAAAUUCUCCUUCUUUUAAACAACUGCACAGCUCACCCCCCUAGAGAACAAUUAGAUGCUGAUAAUGUCUUCCCUACCUCUCUACCUGCUAGUUGCUCAUCUUCAAUUCAGCUAAUGAACCAAGGAGUUAUUAGGUCAAUGAAAAGUCACUACAGAAACAGUUUUUUGCGUCGUCUUGUGAGCCGCUACAAUACUGGUGGUGUUGAUGCUUUUGAGAAUGCCUUGAGUCUCAAAGAUGGUAUGUGGUGUUUGGCAAAUGCAUGGGACAGUGUCACAAGGAGAACCUUACAAAAUGCAUGGCGUAAGUUGUGUCCUGUAAUUGUGUUUAACGAUGAGGACACAGGGGAAAGCUCGGAGGGUUUUAAUUUAAGUGAAGCCAAGGCAAUGGUGACUGAUCUCUUGUGUUGUACCAAGCAAAUGGGAAGUGACUUAAAUGAGGAAGACAUUUUGACAUGGUUAAAUUGUGAAGAUAAUACUUCAGUUGUACAACAAGUAACAAGUUCAGAGACAAUUCAGGUAGUUUUACACCGCAAGUCUGAGGAUAGUGAUAACAGCAAUGAAGAAGAUAAUGCUACUGGGGAGAAAAUUACCUUGGAAGAGGGGAUCAGUCUAGCUUCCCGUUUCAUUCGCUUUCUUGAGCAACAAAGCUUUGUAAGCCAGCAAGAUAUAAUGCAUGUACACAGGAUCCAAGAGAAACUGAUAAGUGAGCAACCAAAACACAUGAAACAAAUGAAGCUGCAGCAAAUGUUUGAUGAAGUUGGAAAGUCGUUUGUGCACACACCAUCGACAUCGCUGAGCUCGAUCCCAUCAACCAGCAGAGUCAAUGAAACAAAGGACCCAGAGUUGACUGCUCUUGCUAUCAAUUAUCAUCGAUUUUCUCCUAUGCCUCUUCUAAAUAUUGGUGCAACAAAGCAAUGUAUGGAAUAACUUGUUCCCUUUAAGUCAUCAACAGCAUUUUGAUACAGUACUUUGAAAUUAU